AUGCCUACGAUCCCUCGCGCCCGCGCUAUUGGCGGAAGAAGUGGUGGGAGUUCGGCGCUGGGUAGAAUAGCCGUCUUGAUCGCCGGAAGUAUCCCACGUUUGCGCCCACGAGAUGGAAAUAUCCCAUUCUUGGGAAAGAGGGAGUUUGAGGAAAGCCCUAAUAGUCCGGAUUUUUGGAUGAAUGUUGGCAUUGCAUUCGCCUUGGUCGUGCUGGGAGGAAUAUUUGCUGGUUUGACUUUGGGAUUGAUGGGACAAGAUGAGAUAUACCUGCAGGUUAUCGAGCAGAGCGGCGAAGGCGCAGAACGGAUUCACGCGAAAAAGGUGCUUCGUCUUCUGAAACGCGGAAAGCAUUGGGUUUUGGUUACUCUAUUGUUGAGUAAUGUUAUCACGAAUGAAACGUUACCAAUCGUCUUGGAUCGCAGUUUGGGUGGUGGCUGGCCGGCGGUGUUGAGUAGUACGGUCUUGAUCGUCAUCUUUGGUGAAAUUAUUCCACAGUCUGCUUGUGUUCGAUAUGGUCUCUCAAUUGGAGCUUACCUGUCACCAUUUGUUCUUGGUUUGAUGUACGUGAUGUCCCCCGUCGCCUAUCCCACAGCUCUUAUGCUCGACUGGAUUCUCGGCGAAGACCACGGAACCGUAUACAAAAAAGCUGGUCUCAAGACCCUCGUCACUCUCCAUAAGAGCUUGGGCCCAUCGCCCUCAGAUCGUCUCAACCAGGAUGAAGUCACGAUCAUUUCCGCUGUUUUAGAUCUUAAGGAUAAGCCUGUUGGCUCAAUCAUGACACCCAUCAAGGACGUAUUUACAAUGUCUUCAGACACAGUCCUUGAUGAAGCUACAAUGGACAAGAUUCUAUCUGCCGGUUACUCGAGAAUCCCGAUUCAUGCGCCUGGAGAACCGACAAACUUCGUGGGUAUGCUUUUGGUCAAGAUUCUCAUCACAUACGACCCCGAGGACUGCAAGAAAGUUGGCGAGUUCCCGCUUGCAACGUUGCCAGAAACCAGAGAAGAGACUAGCUGCUUGGAUAUUGUCAAUUUCUUCCAAGAGGGAAAGAGCCACAUGGUGCUUGUUUCUGAAGCUCCUGGCGAGAACCACGGUGCAUUGGGAGUCCUCACGCUUGAAGACGUCAUCGAGGAGUUGAUUGGAGAGGAAAUUAUCGACGAAUCCGACGUCUACAUCGACGUGCACAAAGCCAUCCGCCGCAUCAACCCCUCCCCUCUCGCCCGUCGCUCAGUUUCUACCCACUACCGCCACACUGACACUGCCAUCGCCGUUGCUUCUCUUACUGCCGCUGCUCCUGGGCUCGAGCAUCACCUUGAAAACAACAACGAUGUAAAGCGCAACUCCGAAGACCUUCUUGUCCAUGAAGACCACCUAUCAUCUGACCAUGAAACUGGCUCUGUUCCUCCGACUAUGCGCCGUUCCAGUCAGCAAGCGUCACUUGCCGGUAUCCCAGAGGACAUCCUACCACAGCUAAAAUUCUUAGGCCCCGCAAACCAUGCUGGGAACCCGAGACAAACAAGUAGCAAGACUGUGAAGAUCAAGCAUUCUGAUGGCAGUACUGGUACCUCUACACCGAUGCAACAGACAGCUGCUGUGGUCGGUGGCAAUGAUAACCGUAACGGGACUCCAAUGGAUGGAUCACUCGACCGUGUCGCACAGAUAGCGGUCAAGACCCCAACCAGAACAGACAGUCUAUCAGUCGGUAAUAAGAGAGUGGCACGGAGUGGAAGUUUAGUUGAGAGAGUGGAGCAUGUAGGGGGCGUUCCAAAAACGGUGAUUGAGACAACUAGCAGUAGCGAUGAUGAGAGUAGUAGUGGUGAGGGUGGAAGCAGCGAUAGGGGAAGGAGAAGAAAAAAGACGGAAAAUACUCCGUUGUUGGGUUAG